UUCAAAUGUUCAGGGGUUUUUAUGUAUUCUAGCCUCAACUGUGAGAAGAAGCUAAAGAUUCUUCGCUUCUCGUCGUUUUAAAUCCCAAAUUCUCCAACAAAUUUUUCCGCAAUUUUUUUUUACUUCCUUUUUUUUGGUUUUUUUGUUUUUUAUAAAUCAUGAGCUCCGCUCUAACGGUCAACCCCCUCUCUCCUGCCAAAUUCAAAUCUCUCCACUCACACCCAACUCCUCCUCCGCUCUUCUCCCUCCUCCCACAGUGCACCGCCAUUAGCGAGCUCAAGCAACUCCACGCCCUCGCCAUCAAAUCCCAGCUCCACCACCACCCCUCCUUCCUCACCAGGUUCAUCACCCACCUCACUCGGCGCCCCGAUCCCUCGCUCCUCCGCUACGCCUGCCACCUGUUCGAUCGAAUUCCCCAACCAAACCUCAUACUCUACAACGCCAUGUCCCGCGGGUAUUCCCGCUCCGACGACCCGUUUCGGUCCAUCUCCCUUUUCGUUGCCAUGGUUGAGAAUGGUAUCUGUCCCGACGACUAUAGCUUUCCUUCCGUUCUGAAGGCCUGCGCUGGUGCCCAGGCUGCGGAAGAAGGGAGGCAAGCGCACGCGUUUGCAGUGAAGUGCGGUGUCGUUGACAAUAUUUACGUGCGCCCGACUCUCAUAAACAUGUACGCAGAGUGUGGCGAUCUCCGCGCCGCGCGUGUCCUGUUCGACGGGAUGGACGAUCAAUGCGUUGUGUCGUACAACUCGAUGAUCACGGCCUCUGUCCGGAGAAGCCGGCCGAGCGCAGCGCUGGCGUUGUUUAGGGAGAUGCAAGCUAAGGGUAUUAAGCCGACGGAUGUCACGUUGCUCAGCGUUCUCUCUGCGUGCACGUUGCUUGGCGCGUUGGAACUCGGGAAGUGGAUCCACGAGUAUGUCAAGAAGAACGGCUUCGAUUCGUACAUGAAGGUGAACACGGCUCUGAUCGAUAUGUAUGCAAAGUGCGGGAGCUUGGAAGAUGCCAUCCAUGUUUUCCAAGGGAUGAGUUCAAGAGACACCCAAGCGUGGUCGGCUAUGAUUGUGGCUUACGCGAUUCACGGGCAUGGGAGCAAAGCCAUUUCGAUGUUCAACGAGAUGAAGAGAGAAGGCAUAAAACCCGACGAUAUCACGUUUCUGGGAGUAUUAUAUGCCUGUAGUCAUGCGGGAAUGGUCGACGAGGGACUUUGCUUUUUCGAUAGCAUGAAUAAGCACGGUUUAAUUCCAGGGAUUAAGCAUUAUGGUUGCGUGAUUGAUCUGCUCGCUCGAUCAGGGCAGCUUAAAAAGGCUUACGAAUUCGUCGAUAACUUGCCUGUUAAGCCCACGCCAAUCCUGUGGAGAACUCUGCUUUCGGCUUGUGGAGGACAUGGGGAAGUCGAUAUCGGCAAGAAGGUGUUUGAGAGAAUUCUCGAGCUCGAUGAUUCUCACGGUGGAGACUACGUAAUCUUCUCAAACAUGUGCGCGAAUGGUGGGAGGUGGGAAGAGGUGAACCGGAUAAGGAAAAUAAUGGGUGAGAGAGGAGUGGUGAAGGUGCCCGGGUGUAGCUCGAUAGAAGUGGAUAGCACGGUUCACGAGUUCUUCUCUGGAGACGGCAUGCACCCGCAGUCGCGGGAGGCGCGUAAGAUGGUUGAUGAAAUGAUGGAACAGUUAAAGUUGGUCGGUUACCUGCCCGACACUUCGAAGGUUUUUCACGUCGACAUGGGAGAGGAAGAGAAGGAAGCUAGCCUUAGGUAUCACAGCGAGAAGCUGGCAAUCGCGUUCGGGCUUAUAAACACGCCUCCGGGGACUACAAUUCGGGUCGUUAAGAACCUCAGAGUUUGCGGGGAUUGCCAUUCGAUGGCGAAGCUGGUUUCGAUGGUGUUUAAUCGACGGAUUAUUCUCAGGGAUCUGAAUCGGUUUCACCAUUUCGACAAAGGGUUGUGCUCUUGUGGAGAAUAUUGGUAGCAGAACAGGGAAUGCUUUGCUCUAGUCACAUGCCAUUUUCUCCGUUAUAUGAGGAAUUAAUUCUGAUUUCUUAAUUAUCAGAAGGUUUACAUGUGGAUGUAUCAUCAAUGUGGAAAUGUGAUAAAUGAGAUGCUUGUUUUAUACUUUUAUGCCAUGUUUAUCCAGUGAGAUCAGAAAACAAUUCACAAGUAAA